ACCUGGGAGGGUGACUCCCUUCCAUUCCCAGCACUAUGCCAGGCACUGUGGCGACACUGCGGUUCCAGCUGCUGCCCCCCGAGCCAGAUGAUGCCUUCUGGGGUGCACCCUGUGAGCAGCCCCUGGAGCGCAGGUACCAGGCACUGCCGGCCCUCGUCUGCAUCAUGUGCUGUUUGUUUGGAGUCGUCUACUGCUUCUUCGGUUACCGCUGCUUCAAGGCAGUGCUCUUCCUCACUGGGUUGCUGUUUGGCUCGGUGGUCAUCUUCCUGCUGUGCUACCGAGAGCGGGUGCUGGAGACGCAGCUGAGUGCCGGGGCAAGUGCAGGCAUCGCACUGGGCAUUGGGCUGCUCUGCGGGCUGGUGGCCAUGCUGGUGCGCAGCGUGGGCCUCUUCCUGGUUGGGCUGCUGCUCGGUCUGCUGCUCGCUGCUGCCGCCCUGCUGGGCUCCGCGCCCUACUACCAGCCGGGCUCCGUGUGGGGCCCACUGGGGCUGCUGCUGGGGGGCGGCCUACUCUGUGCCCUGCUCACACUGCGCUGGCCCCGACCACUCACCACCUUGGCCACCGCCGUGACUGGUGCUGCGCUCAUUGCCACUGCCGCCGACUACUUUGCCGAGCUGCUGCUGCUGGGGCGCUAUGCGGUGGAGCGCCUGCGUGCCGCCCCCGUACCCCCCCUCUGCUGGCGGAGCUGGGCCCUGCUGGCACUUUGGCCCCUGCUCAGCCUGAUGGGCGUUCUGGUGCAGUGGCGGGUGACAGCCGAGGGGGACUCCCACACGGAAGUGGUCAUCAGCCGGCAGCGGCGACGCGUGCAGCUGGUGCGGAUUCGGCAGCAGGAGCAGCGCAAAGAGAAGCGGAGGAAGAAGAGACCCCCUCGGGCACCGUCCAGAGGUCCCCGGGCACCUCCAAGGCCCGGGCCCCCUGACCCGGCUUAUCGGCGCAGGCCGGUGCCCAUCAAACGCUUCAACGGAGAUGUCCUCUCCCCGAGCUACAUCCAGAGCUUCCGGGACCGGCAGACCGGGAGCUCACUGAGCUCCUUCAUGGCCUCGCCCACAGAUGCGGACUAUGAGUAUGGGUCUCGGGGGCCGCUGACAGCCUGUUCAGGGCCCCCUGUGCGGGUAUAG